UCUGUGGUUACUUUGAUGAUCUUCAGGCAACACUGUUGCCUAGAAUAGAAACAUGUUCUAUUCUAGGCAACAAUGCAGGAUAUGUCAGGAAUGUAAAUCUAGUCAAUUACAUGUAGGUAAUCCCCAAGUGCCUAUGACUCCUUUGAAAAUCCUUUGUUUACUUUGAAGUUUAAACUCUGACUGGUAUACAAUUAAACCUUAUGAUGUAUACUAAACAGAUAUAAGUCAUGGAUCUAGUUGUUAUUAAUUUUGAGGUAUUGAUAUCGUAUUAGUAAAACAGUUGCUACUAAAUGCAACUGUUUUCACUUGUUUUUUGAUGAUUUAUAUACACGUAGUUGUAAAUCUAAAGGUGUGUACUAAACCAAUAGUCCUUUAACAAUGGCAUGUGAUUAUUGAAAAGUAUGAGACUAUUGAAAAUAGUUAUUCUUGCACAGGCUGGAGCAAUAGCUGAUGAUGCUAUAUAAAUGCAUGAUUUCCUUGACUUCCUCUCAGUAGUAAUGCAUUACAUCACUCUUGUCCAAUUAUCAACCACACACACAUAUCACAUAAUAUUAGAAUUCUCUCAGCUGAUGAGUCAGCACCACUGACUGACAAUAAUGAAAAGCUUCAAGAUUGUGCUACCUGAGAGAGUCUACGAACCAGGUGACACCAUCACCGGUCUUGUAGAGGCUGAGACUUCCAAGAAAAAGGACUACCACGCCAUCAAAGUCACUCUAACAGGACAUGCUGAAGUGGAAUGGAGUGGAAAAGAAAAUGUGAAGAGGAGAAGGACAGGAAGCACAGAAGUGCACUCGUCUCAUAUCAGUUACAUAUAUGCAUCAAUUAAUCUAUGGGAGAGGGAUUUGAAUGUCAAUGAUGGGUUGCUACCUGCUGGUCUCAAUCAAUUCCCUUUUAGUUUCAAGUUGGAAGGAACUGAUGACCUACCAGCUAGUUACAGUGAUGGCAUUGGUAAGAUUGUGUACAGACUUGAAGCUAGGGUUGUCCAAAAAUCACUUCUGCUCGAACCUCACGUAGACACACGAGAAAUUAAAGUAGAGAGUACUGUGAACAUCAAUCGUCUUGAUCUACUCAGACCAAAGGAAGUGGAGAUCAGUGAAACGAUUGGCCGUUGCUGCUGUGCUUCUGGUCCAGUACAUAUCACAGCUACUGUACAAAGGACAGGCUUCUGCAUAGAGAGGGACGCCAUACCGAUUGACAUAGCUGUCAGGAAUAGAAGUGGAAAAAGAAUAAACGAAAUUAGCAUUAAACUCUUAAAGAAUAUAAAAUACGUUUCAGCCACUGACAGUAGAACUGAUACAACAGUUAUAGGAUCUUCACAAAGCAGUACACCUUUUGAGAGCCACAAGAAAGGCUCAUGGAGUACCAGCAUUGCAGUACCAAAGACUGAAGAAACUCUCACGAACUGUUCUAUCAUUAGCAUUACAUAUCUGUUAGAAGUAACUGCCGAUGUAAUAAAAUCAAGUAAUAGUGUUAUGCUCCCAUUAGUUUUGGGAGUAGAAUCUUCAAAAGAAAUGAUAUAAUAACAAUUAUUAUAAUUAUUAUUAACUUUAAUGACAUUAAUAGCUGACUAAAGCAAUUAAAUUAGA